AUGGCUAUUUUUCGGACGAUCGUAUUCGCAAUUAAUUUAACUGUUGUAUUCCUACUUCAAAAUUGGUUUGCUCUGGCACAAGUGGAUCCACUAAGUCAAGCGAUAUUCCAAGCCAUUCCUGGGACAUCAUUGAAAGUUCAGCUGCAGUCGAGUGAAUCACAAAAGCUGAUUGAAGGCGGAACAAACAUUGAGUUUGAAGUGAGAAUAUCCUAUGAAAGUGGAGCUAUUUUCAGCGGCGUUAAUGAACAACGUCAGAGCGAAUUCAACGAGUAUUGUAAUUAUGUCGAAGAGCUAAGAAACACAGUUUUUUAUAGUGGUGGAGAAAUGUUUGUAAACUGCACGAAUUUUACACGAAUUGUCGAGGCAAAUUACACUUGCAACAGCAGCGAUGGGAUAAACUGUUUCGCCAAUGCGACAGCAAAUUCAACAUUAUUCGCCGGCAACUGGAGUUUAUUAAACACUACAAAUUCGAGUCUUCUUCAAAAUGUCACAAACAAUAUCACAGAAAUUGUGAAGAACGUUUACCAGAAUAUUACGUCCUCUUACUGUGUAAAUUCUACAACACCUUUGGUGAGCUAUAAACCGACUAUCCAUCCCCCUGAGUAUUUUAACCUCACAUACCAAACACUGGAAAUUGAUGUACACUUGCCAAGUGAGUUUGAUAUUAACUCAGUUGAGAGCUUAAGACUCACUCAUGAUUUUACCAAUGUUACUUUAAACUGUACAAAGUAUGUCGUUAAUAGCACCGAUACAAAACAUGCUAGUAAGCCGAGCCUUAAACUUCACGUCCAAUUCUCGAAUGUCAGCUGGAAUGGUUCGAUGGUAAUUUCUGCCUCUGUCAGUGAAAGGGUUGUACCAAAGCAAUUAUUAAAUAUCACUGGUGACGUUAAAUUUGAUGGUGUUGAUAAGGAAUUAUGGAUUGGUUCCUUUACUGUUCCUGGAUUACAAUUCCAAAGUUUGCAAUCUAUCUCAACAACUUUCUCGGGGACGCCAGGAACUUUACUUACAGACGAUGAGGAAAUUACCCUAAAUGCAAAAUUCAUUGUUCCCAGUGUCACCACUGACAUCAAAGUGUUUGUCCAACUCCCCGUCUAUAAUGGAUCAAUCCCGCUUAAAAUAAUCCUGGCAAGUGUUAAAAAUAUGCAUCCGAACAUCCGAUCUUCAAAUUUACGAUCGGGUUCUGGUAUUGGCAGUAAUAUUGUGCUUGCUGAAAUUGAAUCAUUAAAUCCAAAAGCGUCCACAUUGGUCAGUUUCAAAUUUGGAAAGACCGUUACAUCACCGGCAACUGCAGAGAAAAGUGUUAUCCUUUCGGUAACUGGUGUAAUCGAUGCUACUGACCGUUAUGAUGUGUAUAUACCAGGCGUUUUCGGGAAUAUAACUUCAUGGCUGAUUUAUUCAACAGCGCUUGGUGAUGAAACAAUCGAGUCUCCACAGUGGCUUGAAACAGAACUGGCACAGCCACAAUUGAAGUAUGAUAUGAGUUUCGAAAAGGACGAUGGAAAAAUAGAAGGUGGUCUGGAAAUAAAGUGUCUGUUCCAGUUUUAUAAUCCAUACUUUGCAAGUGAAGGUGCCAGUGUGACUCUGGAUGUAUCGUUUGCAAGUGAACACAUGGCUUUGGUAAACUCUGAUGUUAAAGUCUGUAAUGUGUCUAGGGAUACACCUGCAUAUUGCGUGAAUACUUGGCCUUUGUUGACGAUCAGCAACACAACGACAAGUCUUAAUAUUGCCAUUGCCAAGUAAGUGUUGCUUAGUCUCGGUUAAACAAAGUAGACAAAGUAUUUUUGAGCAAUGUUCAAAUAGAAGUAAGCACAACUUAAGAAUGUUAGGAUAUAAUAGAGAGCUUGUCUUCCUCUCGACAAUUUGCUUGCGCGAAUAAGCGAGUUGAAAAAAAAACUAUCGUCAGUCAUGUUGCGGAGCAUAUUCGCCCAAGUGGGUGUUGUUUCUUCGAAUUAAACUAUAUUGCACGAAAUUCCAAGGAACUACGAUUUCUACCCCCACCUCUCAGUGUCGCCACUGAUCGUCACACUUCCUAAUAGUUGUAAUUUAUUCCCUUCCAGUUUGACAGCAGGCUUCGGUGUAUUUGGCAAUGGUGUAAGCGUGAUCCUUGCCUCAGUUCCAGCCAGUGAGACACUCGCUAAUCAAAUCAACGUAAUGUAUAAUCGAAAGAGAUGGUUGACAGUUUCAGACGCUGUAUAUUUAUCUGUAAAAACUCAAGCAAUAACUGUAUCAACUCAGGUCAUCUCGUCAUCAGUAGACACAACUUCUCAACGAAUUGCUGCCAUUGGAGAGAAGGUAGGAAUUCAAAUUAUUUAAAUGAGAAAAGAGUUAUAUUUGUUUCGUUACAAAGAAUCGCCAAAACUCUUAUUGAUAAUGCACUCCAUUUGAUAUACAGUGCUAAUAAAUAUACACCACACUUUGCACAAUGAGCCAAGCAUAAACCCAUACAUGCCUGUGUAUUUCUAGAUUAUUCUCCUAAUCGAAAUAAUAGAAAAGACAACGAUAUGUAUACUUACGAUAACUCGUUAUGCAAUGUGUAACGUAAAUUUGUGUGUCAGGAAAACUAAAUUAACUCACAAAAAAGGCACGCUGUAAACUGAAGAGUCAAAACGACUACCAAAAAGUUGUUCUGGGCUCAAAAUACAACGUCACCGAUAAUUCCACUUUACGACAGCAAUUUCUCUUUUCACAUGUAGUUUACCUGUCGAAUGAAUGGAGCAAUUCCCGUGACAACGAAUGAAGAUUUUGUUAUUGUAGUCGGCAGUGAUAGCUCCGUGAGCUACGGCCGAGCCACCUUGCUUCACGUUGGAGAAAACGUGGCAGGAGAUGGGUUACAUGAAGGGAUAGGUAUGGUUACAUGAAGGGAUAGGUAUUGGUACAUGAAGGGAUAGGUAUAGUUACAUGAAGGGAUAGGUAUGGUUACUUGUGCUUUUACAUUUGACCUUUACUAUAAGAAUGUCAAGUCCUUUUACCUGGGUAUUUCAAAAUACAAUUUCUCGCUCUUUUUUGAACCUAUUAAUAUCCUAAUACACCGUUCAUUGAGAGCCUAUGACUCUUCAUUCAACGAGUGAAUUGUCUGAUGUUGCAGGUAGCAGAAAAGUGCUCGUAAAAUCCCUGGUGUAUUAUUGAGGUGUCCAGUUUGACACCAUCCAAUAUAUCUCUUCUUUUUUCUUUUCAGGUUUAAACGUAACGUCAGGAAUCGCACCGUACACGAGUUCUUCUCCUGUAUUCUUCGGGCAGUUUGGUACCGUGAGUAGUAAUGGAAACUCAACACAAGCUGAUGCCUCGACCUUUAUUGUAGAAGUGACAUUCUUCGUCAAAGAUAUUAAUGCUAACUUUAACGGUGAAACAAUCCUACUUACCUCAAAAGUUUACCACAAUCCUGGCAAUAGAAACUACAGAUCAUACUUGGAUUUUGAGGUAAAUUUUACAUUUGUUUCAAAUGAUGUUUUGUUUGGAGCUUGAUAGUUUUUUGUAAUUUUGUUUUUGGCCAAAAAUAACUUGUACAAGUUAACUCAUGAAAAUUCCCGAGCCCUUCGCGGCGCUUUAAUCCCUAACCGGCAGAUGAGCUGACAAUGAUAAGCUGAGGGAAAUUAUUUAUUUAAGCCGGACCGAAACUUGCCUACGUUUAUAUCUACAUACACUUGUUAGGUUGUUGAACCAUCAUUCUCGGCUUCAGCAGUGGUCAGUCCAAGUAAAGACGUGAAUCAACAUGCGGAAAUGAGUUUUGUGGCCACCAUCAGACGCACUUCGGUUUCUAAAUCAACGGCAUUCAAUUUGGUGCUUCUUCUGGCUGUACCAUCACCACAUUUAAUACUCACGGAGUAUACUUCUCAAUCUGGAACACUGCGAACUGUGCCUGGAAAUCAGAGUCCUAUACAGUUCUUGAGGUAAUAUUAAAGCUGCAUCCGAGAGAAUACUCAACCAACCUUCACCGAUCUUUUUUCAUGAUUAUUCCUAAGAGAAUUUGAUGUAUAACUUCGUUUAUGAAAUAGUUAACAAAGCAAACUUAUUUUUAUUAUAUAGCCCGGAAGAUAUCAAUUCCACAGUGAUAAUAUAUGAAAACGAUGCCGUUUCUGAGAGUACAAGAGAAAUAAGAUACAAAGCAAGAACAAGUUCAACUUUACCUGCGAGUAUUUUCAUACCUUCAUCGUUUGUUAUGUCAUAUACAAGCCUUCCAAAGAAUUUGAACCAAUCAUUAGCAAGAGAAUACUCAUACGGUCCCACGUCACAGGUAAGUGUAAGUCGGAGUAAAAUCGAGGGUUACCUACAAUUUAUCAGACGAGCUAGAAUUGCUUUUCCCAAAUUCAUCUAGACAGAUCGUCCGCCUCUAUUAUCAAUUCGGCCAUUCUUAUUAAGAUAAACUGUUCUAUCAUUUCGUGGAAAACAAAACAUACUCCACGUCCACUAACCACUACCAUUAAGGGACCAUCAGCCAAUCAGAUGCGUUUCAUAUAUCAGUUCAAUCAAUCAGAUGCGUUUGGUAUAUCAGUUCAUCCAAUCACAUGCGUUUGAUAUAUCACUUCAACCAAUCAGAUGCGUUUGAUAUAUCAGUUGAACCAUUCAGAUGGGUACUAAGAGAGAUUGUGGUUGUCAAAUCUGAACCUCUUUACUAAAGACGGAGUAUAUUUUGUUUUGGAUGGAAAUUCUUUGUACAUUAAAAACAUGAAACAUUCCUGUUUAUAAUAAUUCCAUUUCCUUCUCUUUAGCCGACAUUCCUCACGUUCCGUCCAGAUCCUUUCUUAAACUUCUCGUUCCAUUCCCACAAUGAGGGAAAGUUCGACGCUGGUGAUAUAUUGAACUAUACUAUCACUCUAAAAAACAUUGGAGUCGGUAAUGUAAAACCCACUGCCCACACUGUGAAGAUUGUGCUAUCAUUAUCAACAACACUUUUUAAACACAUUUUCGUCGUCUGCAACCAAGGAAGCUUCAGCAAAACCGCGAGUAGCCAACUUGAGACAAUUCAAGUAGAAGCUGGAACUUUUGUGUACGGCGAAGAGAUAAAAUGUGAUAUAAAAACAACCUUAAACAUUGUGGAGCCAUCUCAGAGGAUCGAACUUACGUCCACUUUAACCUAUCACUGUCUUCCAACUAGUCACCAACACGAGUAUCAAGGAUAUUCAUCUCAAGACGAGAAUGAAAUAUUUAUUAAGGAAUUAAGUAUGCAGUUUUCUGCAAAUGGAAGCACGUCUCAAGUACUAUGUGGUGAUGUAUUGGAGUUUAAUAUGAGGAUUGUGCUGCCUGAAGUUACUACCAAUCUCAGGGUUGAUUAUGAAAUUCCAACUAUCGCCAGCAACGCAAGAGGAAAAAGAUCGGCCAGGUUGGUGUUGCAAUGGCUUUUUUAUAAAUUAAGGAAAUAGUCUUGCCAUUCCCUCGAUUCUCAAAUACGCGACAUCAAUGGGACAGAGCAAAGUGUUCAUAUAGAGAGGCGUCGGUUUUAUAGAGGUAUACUUAGAUAGUAUACUUCGAAAUAAGGUUUCAGUUUUUAUAACGUAGAAAAAACUAUCCUAACGCAAAACUAAACCCUAACACUAACCCUGACCCUAACCUAACCCUAACCUAACUCUAAAUUAUUUUAAAAAUCGAAAAAACCCCGGAAAUCUUAUUUUGAAGUAUACUAUCUAGCAAUUGCUGUGCUGAGUGGUUAUAUUACUACCUUAAAAAAUAAGCACUAGCAAUAAUAUCUAGCAAUUUCCUUUUAUAGAGACCAUCAUGUCAUCUUGUCAUGUCAUGAGUUUUAAAAUUUCACUGCCAGUUUUUAGUGUUCAUUAUCAAAAACAGUGAGACGAAGAGAUUAACUUUUCCAUGUGUUUGGAGCUCUACUACUAUACUCUCUGAAGCUGACAUUUUAGUGUCCGUCGUCCGUAUGCGAGACUCCGCACACCGGAAAAACAAAUUGGUCAAAACAACCAACAAAAUAGCCUGCGCGCAGACUAUAUAUGUCAUUAUAUAGUCUGCGCGCAGGCUACCAACAAAAUGGUUGUCUGAGGUUCAUUUUGAAUAUGAGAUAAUCAGUGUAUUGGUUGUUUUAACCAGUUUGUUUUUACGGUGUAUUAUUAUGAAAUAUGAAUUUUGUGACGACAUAAGACGUUGUUCGGGAGUUAUCCAAACGGAAGAUUAUGUACAAUUUUAAGGCUGUUUUCCACUAGGCGGAAUUUUCCACGCGGAGCGGAAUUUUUCCUUGUCUUUUGAUUUCUCGGGUGGAACUAAUUAGAAAAGACAAAGAGAAAUAACGCUGCGCGCAGAAAAUUCCGCUUAGUGGAAAACGGCCUUUAAUCUCAUUAUCAAAGAGACGCCUGUGGGGGUUGGUUCGAUUUAAUCAGUACAAUCAGCACAACGUACUGUAGUAAGCUUCUGUCCAGCUUUAAUAAACUGACCACCACCGACUGUUCUGUAUUCUAUAGGAGAAAACGCGCAAGCCAAAUCAACAUUCUUACACCAGACGCAUCGCAAACGUCGUAUAGAAAUGGAGGCAACCUUAUCAUACCAUCAAUGACUAAAUCCCUGGUUGAUAACACAUAUACCGUGGAAUUUCCCAGCGUUACCAAUCAACCUGACAACAUCAACUCCGAAAACGAUGUUCUGACCGUACAAGCUAAGUUCUUGGUUGCAAAUGAACCUGUUAUAUUCAGUGGUAGAAGUUUUGAUCUUUUGAGUACGGUGCAUUAUCCUGGAGGCUCUGUUUCUCAAACAGCCACAUUCUCUGUCGUUGGACCACUGGUGAAACCACUUCUUCAGCUGGCUAAAUCGUUUCAGGUAAUUGUGCCUUGAUCACAUUCGUUGCUGAUUUUUUAACUGAUUUCAAAAUAACAGAGCGAAGGCCCUUCGUGGGGAAGUUAUUGCACCUAUGGCCUCGUUUCCAUGUUUUCCUGUUUUAGUAUUGCAGGCGCACAUCAAGGUUGUACCCCCAUGUUUCGAGCACAUUUCCCUCUGGUCUUAAGCUCAAUCCUUGACCCAACUGAGCAUGAAACACGAGGAACUGAUAACCACAUGCACAAGAAGUCAUUGUGGGCAAUAAAUAGUACAACAGUCUAUUCCCCAACAAACUACAUUCAAGGAGGUAAUAUAGUUGCCUGAUUAUAGUUUGCUUCGUGUGAGAAGACUUCUUCUUGUUUUACUGCAAUAAUAUUGUAAACAUGGGCCCUUAAAAUAUUCUCGAUUUCUAGGGACAACAGUUAAUAUUAGAUAACAAUUAAUAGAGCACUCCAGUAUAAAUAAAGUUAGCUUGAUUUGGAUUAGUUUAAUCUUACGUAGAUAAAAUUGAUAGAAGACAAAGACAAGAGAAAGCUUAACUCCAUUUAUCUUUCAGGUUAUAAAUCCGAGUUUAGAUUCACCAAGUGGGAUAUUUUACGUUAACAUCAGUCACACACCCAGCUCAUUGUACGAUGCUUAUGAUGUCAACGUUACUGACUUCAUUGAGGGCAUGAACGUUAUUCGUGAUAACGAGUUUCCUGGAAUUGAAAUAUCUGCACCCACUAAUAAUGUGUACAAGUUCAGCAGUAAUAUCCCUAUAAUUGCAGGUAGGCUAAUAUUUUAUUAAUGUUUCAAGUAGUUCUAGUUUGACUGCGACUACAAACUAAGAAUUGAAAAUCUAUUUCCUUCCUAAACUUUUCUUUUUACCCGUCUCUAGUCCUGUCCCGAACCGCUUCUCGUGCUCUUGUCCUUUGUCAAAUAAGUUGAUAAUGUGGAAUUUAUAAACAUAUGAAAUCCUAAUUUUCUUUACAGUUGGUGAAACAGUUCAUUUUUACUAUAAAUCAAAAUUUAAAGUUACCAUCAAGGUUAGUACAAAUAUUCUUUUACUCCCUUUCUUGUAAUAAUAUUCCCUUUCUUCAAAUUUUGAUGUAACAUUUUUCCCGGUGCACACUCGAGAUAUAGGCGUUGGCUGUCGUUACAGUUUGUCGUUCUGUUUUAUUUUAGACACCAAAAUACAUUCGGAAAACUGCAUCGGUGAAAUGGCGAAGUGCACAGGUAUUUUUAACAAACGUUUGACAACAUUUGUAAACCAGGAUCUUUACCUCCAUGGCGUGUUCGGGUAGGAGCAAAGUAGAGCCUGGCUUACGAGGUUGAAUCCAGUGCCGGAUUAACCAUAUGGCAGAAGCGGCAUAUGCCGCGGGCCCGGCGCUUUUGGGGGCCCCGCGCUCACUCUCUUCUAUUUUAAUCCGAUUUUUUUGUUUCCUGUUUCAGCGUGGGGCCCAUGCAAAUAGUGCUCCAGUGGGGGCCCCAAAGAGCCAAGUCACCCAAAGUUUAAAAAGCGAGGCCUCAAAAAGCGGUGCCCCAAACGUACACAUACUUUUAUCCCCCUGUUUCAGUGUUUCAGCGCGGGGCCCAAACAGUGCGGGGCCCUAAAGAGGCCAAGGUCCCUAGAAAGAUGUCAGACCUCAAAAUUUAAAAAUCUAGACACCAAAGAGCGCAGCCCCAAACCGUUUUUUUCCCUGUUUCAGCGCGGGAUCCAAACAGCGCGGGGCCCCAAAGAGUCCAAGGCCCCCAAAGAGCCAAAGUCCGCCAAAAUCUAAAAAGCGAAGCCCCAAAAAGCGGGGUCCCAAACGUUUUUUCCCCUGUUUCAGCGCGGGGCCCAAACAGUGCGCCAGUGCGGGGCCCCAAAGAGCCCAAGUUCCCGAAAAUUUAAACGAGGCUCCAUAAUUUUUAAACGAGGUUCCAAAAGCAGGGCCGCAAACAAAUUUUUUUGUUACUUCUUUGGGCAACGGGCUCCAAAAAGCGAAGCCAAAAAAUCAUAGGGGUCAGAAAAUUUUAAAAUUUGCAGUAAACUGUUAAAUACUAGAUUGCUGAAUUUUGUGGAAAACGGCAGAAGUUUACAUGGACGCUAUCAUGUUUAGCUAUUUUUUCUCUGUAAAUAAUAAUGAUGUUAAUGGUACAAACUGGGUUGAAUUUCGGAAUCAAUCAAAUCAUUGAUGUAUAAUUAUUUUUUCUUUUCUAAAUACAAAACGAAAUUUUUCAACGCAUGAAAUACAACAGAAUAUUUUUUUAAUCUGACUGAAUUCAGUGUCUAAAAUGCCGUUGGGGGGGGGGGGUCAAGGGGCCCCGCGCUGAUUAUAUGCCACGGGCCCCGCGGAACGUUAAUCCGGCCCUGGUUGAAUCACUUUGAUAACAUUGAGUUUCUUCACCCUAUUAGUUUACCCCUUCCAGAUAUAAUAAUAGACUUUUCAUCUGAUAAAGGAAACGAUAUGGAACUGUGUUAGCCAUCUCAACAUUUUGUUUUAUUUUUUCUGUCUAGUUAAACAGUCCUGCAUAUGGCCCUGAAAUCAAUUCUGAUGCAUGUGUUGCUCGCAAUGACACAAUCAAAGAAAGGGUGAGAACUAAGUUUUAGUUCUUAUAAAUGAGAUUCAUUUCAUACAAGUGGCUUUCUUGACUCGUCCUCGGUAUAAAACAUUAUCUUGAUUGUUUAGCGUUUUAGUGUUUACACCAGAAUAAACGGAGGAAACCUGUGAUGUUUGGAAGUACUGUUAUUCAUGUUAUUUUAUACAAAAUUUCCUCCACCUUCUUGUUAGGAUGAACAUUUAUAUGGUUUCCUUGCACUUGGGGCGUUCUUGGGUUUAUUGGUUGGUUUUCUCAUGAUUCUUAUCUGCGUGUGUAUAUUUAUCAAAUGUUGUCGGAGAGGAAGACUGGUGCCUUACUACAGGGUGAGUAGCCAAGUUCUCAUCACAAACCAGUUGCUAAUGUCUGGAAAACAAUUCUGGUUCUCCUAGAUGUGUAUUUAUAGUUUAGAGUCUAGAUUUUUUGCUACCUGAAGCUGCCUGUGACGACUGCAUGUUUUUCAUUACGUCAGCUUAUUAAAGUAAAGCCUCGAUCAAAUGAUGAUAAGAGUUAUGAGAGCUGAUGAUAGUGGUUCAAAUUUUGAUGAGAGUUUUUACUACACGUGCGGUAUAAUAUCCAGUAAACUCUCAUCACCUCUCAUUCAACCCUGGUUCUCGUUUGACCGAGGCAGGAGAGUUGAGAAAACUGUUCUUUGUCAAAAUCCAGAUAUCAGAAUGAAAUGGUUCUUGUGUAUCGUCGGUGAUAACUUACGAUUUCUGUUUAUCUAACUAGGUUCUGACAGGCAAAACAACGUACACUGCACUUGAAGAGGAAGAAAGCGAGGACAAGUCAUUCAUUACUCCUACAAAUACAGUCAGUACAAGGUAGGAUUAAUUACAAUUUUUGUUUAAAUUGCAUGUCGUCCGUACACUUCCUUUGCCACAUUUUGAGUGCCCUGUCACAUGACAUCUAGUGUAUUGGUCGGUUCAUGUAAUGAGACAGUAGCAAUGGUCCACUUUGAAACUGUUGUAUGACUCUGAUAGGAACAUACAGUAUAUAGAUUAAAUAAAUCUCAAUUAAAAUAAUCAUCAUUAUUUUCUCACGCUUGACCUGGUAUCUUUUUACACGCGUAAUUCCUAACAAAGUAAUUAUUUUCCCUAUUCUUUCAGUGUUCACCAAACAGAAAGCGUCAUCUACAUUAUUUCCUCAGGUGAUCCCAAGAAAACUGAAAACGAAUUGGAAAA